AUGGCUGACGUUCGUCCACCUGUUGUUGAAGAUGAAAAGUCUCGUCAGUUAAUGCUGUAUCGUCGCAAGCUUAAUGAAUACCGUGAGAUUGAGGCCAAGCUGAAGGAACUUCGUAAAAAGGUUGUUUUUAAAUUAAAAUUUGUGAUUUUCUGGAUUUAGGAGCAAGAAAUGCAAAAGGACCACGAAAAGUCUGAGAACGAUAUCAAGAGUCUUCAGUCUGUUGGUCAGAUUGUUGGUGAAGUUCUGAAGCAGCUGACGGAGGAGAAAUUCAUCGUCAAGGCUACGAACGGUCCACGUUAUGUUGUUGGAUGCAGAAGAUCGAUAAACAAGGAAUUGCUGAAGCAGGUAAGAGUUGUCUUUAGCGAUUAUUUUGUUUCGUUAAAUUUUUUUUUCAAUAAAGGAAAGUAAUGUAUUCUAACUUUUGCAGGGAACUCGUGUAGCCUUGGAUAUGACGACUUUGACCAUCAUGAGACAAUUGCCAAGAGAAGUUGAUCCUUUGGUGUACAAAAUGAGCCACGAAGAUCCAGGAAACAUUUCUUAUGCUGAAGUUGGUGGAUUGGCUGAGCAGAUUCGGGAAUUGAGAGAAGUCGUCGAACUGCCGCUUCUGAAUCCCGAACUCUUCAAGAGAGUAGGAAUCACUCCCCCAAAGGGUUGCUUGCUUUACGGUCCUCCUGGUACUGGUAAAACUUUGUUAGCUCGGUAAGUUUGAAUUUAAAGAUUUUAGGUAACAAUGAAUUUAAGUAAAAAGUUUAGUAAGGUGUAGUUGAUUUCAAUUAAGAUAGCAUUUAUUUUUACAUCUUGUAUAAAAAAGCUAUUUUUAGUGCUGUCGCAUCUCAACUGGACUGUAACUUUUUGAAGGUGGUGUCGUCUGCCAUUGUAGACAAAUACAUCGGAGAGUCUGCUCGUAUGAUUCGAGAAAUGUUCAACUACGCUCGUGAUCAUCAACCGUGUAUUAUAUUUAUGGAUGAAAUUGAUGCCAUUGGUGGUCGACGUUUUAGUGAAGGUACCUCGGCAGAUCGUGAGAUCCAAAGAACAUUGAUGGAGUUGUUGAAUCAGAUGGAUGGGUUUGAUUCUCUAGGGAAGGUGAAAAUCAUCAUGGCCACCAACAGACCUGACACUCUCGACCCUGCUCUUCUCCGUCCUGGUAGAUUGGACAGAAAAAUCGAAAUUGGUCUUCCAAACGAACAAAGUAGACUUGAAGUACUGAAGAUCCACGCUUCGAAGAUCACCAAGCACGGUGAGAUCGACUACGAGUCUGUGGUGAAGCUCUCUGACGGAUUCUCUGGAGCUGAUUUAAGAAAUGUUUGUACUGAAGCAGGUAAGAGCAUCUUCUGAUUGUUAUGGCCACUUUUUACAUUUAAUUAACCUUCCGUAUAAGGAACUCAGAGAAGCUUGUUAUCAAGAACGCCAUUUUCAGGUCUAUUUGCCAUCCGAGCUGAACGUGAAUACGUAGUCGACGAAGAUUUCAUGAAGGCCGUACGAAAGGUGAGCGACGCCAAGAAGCUGGAAACCAAACUCGACUACAAACCUGUCUAA